AUGUACGGAAAACGAAAAUAUGAUCAAGAUCAACAUUACAAGACUGAUUUACGUUGUAUUUAUGCUCGUUUAGAUGGUAGUGUACUAAGAUUAUCAAAGCCACAAAGUGAUGAUCUAACAAUACCUUUUAAACCUGAAAAGUGGAAUGUCUCUUUUGUGAAUCAAAAAUUACUAGAUAUAACCAAUGCAAAGAUACAAUUAAUACCAAAAACAUUAAGUAAAAAUAAAUUAUGGAGUAAAAAAUACCCAAUUUGUAUAACUUUAGCUGAGGGGAAAAGCUUUUCAGGAGCACCGACUGCGGCUGUUGAUAAAAGUCCUUUAGAAUAUCAACCGGCUAGUGGUAAAGUCCAACUACCUACUGUUGAUCCUUCACCAAAUAUCGACAGCGAAAAGGAUAGGUCUUUCUAUUUAUUUGCAACCACGAGCCAUGAUAAGGAAUAUUGGUUUUAUCGACUGCAAUAUGGUACAGAAAGUAAAAAGGAAGAGACACUACCAAUCGAUAAAGAACCAAAAGUAUAUCCCCCAAGCCAUCCUAAUGUGCAACCCAACCGAUCAAAAACUUUCGCCGAGAUGCAAGCAAUUUAUUAUUCGCGUUAUAUGGCCAAAUUAAUUUUACAAGUGGAUAACAAGCCUAAAAGUAAGCAACAGCAACCCGCAGCUGGUAAGAAUCCGGUAGAAACGUCAGUAGUAUCGUGGUUAAAUGCGUUACUUGGAAGGGCGUUCUUUGAUUUUUGGCGUGAAAAGUAUUGGUCGGAUAAAAUGGUGAAUAUAAUCCAGCGCCGUAUUAGCAAAUUAAAUCGACCUAAUUAUAUUAAAGAAUUAAUAGUGACUGAUUUAGAUCUUGGUGGCUCAUUACCAGCUAUUCGUGGUGCUUCUUCUCCUACGCUGGACGAAAGGGGAUUAUGGAUCGAUUUAGAUGUUUCCUAUCAUGGAUCAUUUACUAUAGCUCUAGAAACUAGUCUUAAUAUAACACGGCAAAAACCAGAUGGUGAAAUGGAGGUAACCGAUCCUAAGAAAGAAACUGAUCCAUCCAAAAAUGAUUUAAUUUUUACACUGCAAGGGCUAGAUAAAUCUGAUUCUGAAUCGUCUGAUGAUGAAGCGGAUGAUCCAACUCUAGAGAAACAAUCUAGCUCCUCAAGUAUUGGUAGUUCACAACACAACGGAAAUAGUCGGUGGUCUCGCUUUAUUAAAAAAGUAGGAAAAUCCAAGAUAGUUCAAAAAGCAACAAAUUCAAGACUAGCUCAGAAAGCUGCCGAAAGGGUAUCCAAUAUUCCAAUAAUUCUUGCUGUCGAGAUCCAAUCAGUAACUGGCAUUUUAGCCCUUAAUAUCCCUCCUCCACCAUCGGAUCGUUUAUGGUACGGUUUUCGUGGCAAUCCGACUGUAUUGAUGUCAGUUAGACCGAAACUUGGUGAACGUAAAGUUAGAUUGACAAAUAUUACAGAUUGGAUCGAGAAAAAAUUGCGCCAUGAAAUUAAGGAAACUAUCGUUUUACCUCACAUGAUAGAUUAUAAGAUUGCAUUGAUGGGCAAUACAAUGACAGAAAUAGCAAUAUCUUAA